AUGGCUGCCUCGAGACUCCUCAGACCGGCCUCAAGGCUGUUGUCCCAACGGACUGCUCUGCCCUCAUCCAUCCGUCCUGCUUUCAGACACGCCGCUCCCCUCUCGCUCCCAACGAUACGGGGGUAUGCCUCAGAGUCGAAUCAGACGUUCACUGUCCGAGACGCACUCAAUGAAGCUCUCGCAGAAGAGCUGGAAUUGGAUGACAAAGUCUUCGUUAUGGGCGAAGAAGUCGCCCAAUACAAUGGUGCCUACAAGGUGACCAAGGGACUUUUGGAUAGAUUUGGACCGAAGAGAGUGAUUGACACGCCCAUCACCGAGUCAGGAUUCUGUGGUUUGGCCGUUGGCGCAGCUCUGGCCGGCCUUCACCCUGUCUGCGAGUUCAUGACGUUCAACUUCGCCAUGCAAGCUAUCGACCAGAUCAUCAACUCCGCAGCUAAGACCCAUUAUAUGUCGGGCGGUAUUCAACCCUGCCCUAUUGUUUUCCGUGGUCCCAAUGGAUUUGCCGCUGGUGUAGCUGCCCAGCAUUCACAAGAUUACUCUGCUUGGUAUGGGAGCAUUCCAGGCCUCAAGGUGGUAGCACCUUGGUCUGCGGAGGAUGCAAAGGGCUUGUUGAAGGCGGCCAUCAGAGACCCCAAUCCGGUUGUUGUUCUCGAGAACGAACUUCUCUACGGACAGGCAUUCCCUAUGAGCGCCGAAGCACAGAAGAACGAUUUCGUCCUCCCCUUCGGUAAAGCUAAGAUCGAACGCCCAGGCAAAGAUCUGACUAUUGUCACCCUCUCGCGCUGCGUCGGACAGUCAUUGGAGGCGGCAGAUGUGCUCAAGAAGAAGUAUGGUGUGGAAGCAGAAGUCAUCAACCUACGCUCGAUAAAACCCAUGGACGUUGAAGCAAUCAUCAAGUCGGUCAAGAAAACUGGUGCCUUGAUGGCAGUCGAAUCUGGUUUCCCGGCCUUUGGUGUUGGUGCCGAAAUCCUUGCGUUGGCUGUCGAGUAUGGUUUCGACUAUCUCCAAGCGCCCCCUGUCCGUGUGACGGGUGCUGAAGUCCCGACGCCGUAUGCACAAAAACUCGAGGAGCUGAGCUUCCCUCAGGUUGACACCAUCACCAGCUACGCCGCCAAGCUCCUGAGGGUGUAA